UCCUCCGACUUGCCCGUCAACGGGGUUAUAGUCAAGUUACCAGGGGAAUUGGCAGCUCAUGGCUGGCUUACCCGUCCAAGGGGUCAUUCUGACAACGAACUGAAGUUGGACUCCGUUCAAUCGUCGUUCCCAUAUAGAGUAGCAGGGAGUACCAUUCAUUCUUCACCCAUUUACAGUAUCCUCUCGAUCUACUUCUGUGCGUGCCUACAGGCAGUUCAGUUCAGAAGUACAGUCGAUCACUACCCCCUUUGUACGCCUUGUCUGUCGAUCAGACGUUCCAAAUCUUAUAUCCUCCGAUGCCUCCGAGCAGCUGGUUCUUGCUCGUCUUCGUCUGGUGGCUGCUGCUGGCGCUCGCCGCGUCUGAUCAGGAGCAGCAGGAGCAAGGGGGAGAAGGCUGCUCGGCGCCCAAGAGGUGCGGCAAGCUGAAUAUCUCCCGCCCGUUCUGGCUCACUGACUGGCGGACGGGGAGAUCGUGUGAUCGCCCAGAUUUCGAGGUCACUUGCUUUAAUAACACAACUCCUCCAGUUCUACGGAGCUCUCUACCCCGCUUUGGUUUUGCGAUCAUCAACAUCUCUUACGAGGAACGCAGUUUGCGUGUCGUUGAUGGACACAAACUGGAAGCCUUUUCCCCGCAAAAAAAGGAAGCCUCAGGCCGCUGUGUCCCGAGCUGGAACACCUCCGUCAGACUGGCCCCUCCGUUCAGCAUCGACCCCGUCGCCAACAUGGAGCUCAUCUUCUACAGCUGCACAGAAGCUGCGGCGGCGGCACAUCGGGACGACGGGUCGAGUACACCGGUGGAGAUGCCGUGGUUUGGGAACGAGAGCAACGUGUUUGUCCGCGCGGGAGGGCGUUACGGUGCGACCGGGGACGGAAACUACACUAUACAGGGCUGCGCCGCUACGGUCAUGCCAGUGCAAUCAUCAGGCGAGGUGGAUGCGAGCCACUACAAGGAGCUCAUCCGCCAUGGCUUCGUCCUCACAUGGCCUGCAGUUUGACCUCGUACAGGUUGGCCCCAGGCACCGGCGUGACUGCGUACAGUCUGUCUGCGCUUACCGUUUACCCGUGACUCCACGCGUGUACGGACACCGUUUUAAGUUCUCAACCAAGUGGAAGAAGACGCAGAGAAACUCCUCCUUGGUCUCUCUCCGACAGGAGGCAGCGGCGUGCGGCAUCCGGAACCGAGACGAUGAACUCCUCCUUGGUCUCUCUCCGGUCACGUCUGUCACUUAUCACUGCUGAUCACGACGACCCGGGAAAAUUCCAUCCCCGCUGCCCAGCAGAGAGAGACGUCGUGCGAUCAGUCAAACGUUUCGGCCAUGACCCACUCCAUCCACACUGACUUGCUAAUACAUAUACUUACCUUGAUGCAGUUCGAUCAAUCGUACUACUGGAUUAUUAUUAUAUUGUCCUCCUCUGUU